UCCCUCAACAGUGUAUAAAACAAGGCACCCAGCAGAGCUUGCAUCUGUGGUUUCUCCUCAUCCUCUGCUGCCAUGACUUUUGUUGCUCCUGCAGGCUACCAGCCGGUCUACUCCCCCAUAAUUCCCUACCUUGGGCCUAUUUAUGGAGGCGUGAGGGAAGGGAUGUCCAUCUACAUCCAGGGGUCCAUUCCUGAGGAUAUCACAAGGUUCUUUGUUAACCUGAUCUGUGGUGAGUCUGAGUCCAGCGAUAUCGCCCUGCACUUCAACCCUCGAUUUGAUGGCUGGGACAAGGUGGUCUUUAACUCACGCCAGGAUGGAUCCUGGGGGCAACAGGAGAAGAUCCGCAAAAUGCCUUUCAGCAAGCGUCAGGCCUUCGAGAUGCUCAUCAUAGUCACAACACAGAACUACCAGAUUAAAGUCAACGGGAAGGACUUCUUCACAUUCUCACACCGUAUCCCUGUGGAGAAAAUUCAUGGAAUACAUGUUGCAGGAGAUGUUUGCAUCCAGACCAUCAAUGUCUUAGGAGGAGGAUUCCCAGGAUGUGGCGUGGGGGGUGGACACCCUGGAGGCCCCGGAGGCUGUAUUGGGCCGGGAGGAUUCCCAGGAUCACACCUGCCGUGUAUGGGUGGGAAGCCAGUCUACAAUCCGACCUUGCCCUACUCCAGCAAGAUCCCAGGAGGAAUGUGCCCUAAGAGGACCAUCAUCAUCAGAGGCAUGGUGCCUCAUGGAGCGGACAGUAUGCGCAUCGACUUUGUGGUGAGCAAAUCUCGAGACAUCGCCUUCCACCUGAACCCCAGGGCGAAAGAAGGCACUGUGGUGCGAAACAGCUUCAUUGGAAAAAGCUGGGGAAAGGAGGAAAGAGAGCUCAGCGUGAAUCCCUUCAUAGAGGGACAGUACUUUGAUAUGUCGAUUCGUUUUGGGACCCAAUGUUUCAAGGUCUUCGUAAAUGGACAACACUUGCUUGACUUCUCCCACCGCAUGCCCUUCACUGAGAUUGACAAGUUGGAGAUGGAAGGCAACAUGCUGAUCUCCUACAUCCACUUCUGAGAUCACAAAUAUGUUCAGCUCUAAGCAUUGAAAUGUUUGCUGAUUUUAUUUCUUAUUAAGUUCAUGUUAACUCAUCAUCUCCUGGUUAACUGAAGUAAUAAAAACAAGAAUUAACUGUC